UGUUCCUUCAGUGGUAGAUCGUCUCUUUUGGUAGAGUAAUCUGAGAAGCAAGCGCACUGAUGUCGACGACGCUAAACCGUAAGUAACCUCUUAUUAGCCUCAAUUCCAUUAGAUUCCCUCUCCGAUUGCAAUCAACUCACAACCCCGCGAUGGCGUCGAAGCCGUUGAACAACAUCUGGAUCCGUCGCCAGCAGUGUCCCUGCGGCGAUUGGAAGUGCUACAUCCGCCUCGAAGGAGACGAAUCAACAACAACCUACAACUUAACCAAAACCGAGAUCGAAUCAACAUCACCAUCAUCACCAUCGCCACAACUCUCCACGCCUUACGUCGGCCAAAUCUUCAGAACCGACGACGAGGCCUUCGAGUACUACACCGCCUUCGCCAGAAAAACCGGCUUCUCAAUCCGCAAAGCGCGCUCCACCGAGAGCCAGAACCUAGGCGUCUACCGCAGAGACUUCGUCUGCUACCGCUCCGGAUUCAACCAGCCGCGGAAGAAAGCCAACGUCGAGCAUCCGCGCGAACGCAAGUCCGUUCGCUGCGGAUGCGACGCGAAGCUUUAUCUAAGCAAAGAAGUUACAGAAGGAGGGACGACUCAGUGGUACGUUUCGCAGUUUAGUAACGUUCAUAAUCACGAGCUUCUGGAAGACGAGCAGGUGAGGCUCCUCCCUGCGUACCGUAAGAUCCAGCAAACCGAUCAGGAGAGGAUCCUCCUGCUCUCCAAAGCCGGUUUCCCCGUGAACCGGAUCGUGAAGUUGUUAGAGCUCGAGAGAGGCGUGCAGUUACCUUUCAUAGAGAAGGACGUUAGGAACUUCGUGAGGGCGUGUAAGAAGAGCGUUCAGGAGAGCGACGCGUUGCUUAAUGAGAAAAGGGAGAGUGAUUUGAUGGAGCUUUUGGAGUCGUGUAAGGGGUUUGCUGAGCGGGAUAUUGGGUUUGUUUACGAGUUUACUUCGGAUGAGAGCGGGAAAGUCGAGAGCUUGGCGUGGGCGUAUGGGGAGUGUGUUCAGGGGUACUCUAUGUUUGGGGAUGUGGUUGUUUUCGAUACGAGUUAUAGGUCGAUUACUUAUGGUUUGCUUCUUGGGGUGUUCUUUGGGAUGGAUAGCAAUGGGAAUGCGAUUCUUUUGGGGUGUGUUUUGCUUCAGGAUGAGAGUUGCAGCUCGUUUACAUGGGCUUUACAGACUUUUGUUCGUUUCAUGAGGGGAGGGCAUCCUCAGACAAUAGUGACGGAUAUAGAUACAGGACUUAAAGAUGCUAUUGAGAGGGAGCUGCCAAACACCAACCAUGCGGUGUUUAUGUGGCACGUUGUCUCCAAACUAGGAAGCUGGUUUUCUCAGGCUCUUGGGUCGCACUAUGAUGAGUUUAGAGCUGGGUUUGAGAUGUUGUGCCGGGCAGGGACUGUUGAUGAAUUUGAACAGCAGUGGGAUCUACUUAUCUCCCGGUUUGGUCUUGUUCCAGAUAGGCAUGCGGCUUUGCUUUACUCGUGCAGAGCAACCUGGUCGCCUUGUUGUGUCAGACAACAUUUUUUAGCUCAAACUAUGACCCCUGAGUUUAGUAUGUCUAUAGAUUCUUUCUUGAAAAGAAUUGUCGCAGAACCAACAUGCAUGCAAGCAUUACUUGAAGAGGUCAGUGUUGCUGCAAGUCUAGCCAAGCAAAUACCGCAACGAGUUCCUUAUCCUACCAUGAAAACAUGUAUGCCUAUGGAAGAUCACGCGAGGGCAGUUCUGACGCCUUAUGCAUUCAGCGUGUUACAAAAUGAGAUGGUUCUGUCUCUUCAGUAUGCGGUAGCCGAGAUGGCCAACGGUCCAUACAUCUUGCAUCACUUCAAGAAAAUGGAAGGGGAAUGCUGUGUGUUCUGGAACCUGGAAAACGAGGAGAUCCAUUGUUCGUGCAAGGAGUUUGAGCAUUCGGGAAUCCUCUGCAGGCAUUCUCUUCGUGUGCUGGCCGUGAAGAAUUGCUUCCAUAUACCGGAGCAGUACUUUCUGGUGCGGUGGAGGCAGGAAAGCUCCCUUGUUACUGAAGAGAAUCAAAAUGGUAUGGGUAUUGGCGAUGACUGUGUUCAAACGUUUCAGUCGCUUACUGAAACCCUCCUAACGGAGUCUAUGGUCUCAAAGGAUCGGUUUGAUUACACUAACCAAGAACUUUCUGCACUUAUCGAUCGUGUAAGGAAUAUUGAACCUGCUAAUACUUGUAUCACUCAUGACUGCUAAUCAAGCAAGUGAAAUGUUUGGAGGAGGGAUAAGUUGGUAGCGUUUGAUCUUUCCCAGUUAAAUAGAUGCAGCUGUUCUGUUUCGUGCGUAAAGGCUUAAGGUCAGAAAAUUGCUAUGUCACAUUGUGCCUAAUGUACCACAGUGGUCUUUUGAGACUGGUUUUAAAGCUUUUAAUGGAUGCAUUUCUUGCCUAACGGUAGUUAGUUAGUUAGAGAAGAACACCAAGGAAAAGUUUGUCUUAUGCUCAAUCACUGAUGUUGUAUUUACUAGAUUUGUGAACUGCAUUUUUGCGUCUUUUUUUUGUCAUCUGUAGAUUUCACUUAAACAGCAAAACAAGUGUUCAUUACAAA